AUGAACUUCACACUGCUGGCUCCUGACUGGCGUGACGUGGCAAGGCAGCUGGAAGGUGUGAUUCGCAUCGGAGCAGUGAACUGUGAAGACGACUGGCAGCUGUGUCGCAUGCAGGGAAUCAACAGCUACCCAGCUCUGGUCAUAUACCCACUGAGAGAAAAGUAUUAUGGUGACAGAACGACGAAGCCUCUCAUCAACUUUGCGAUGAAGCAUGUGACGGCCCAGUAUAAAGAACUGUGGUCAGGAAAUUUCAAAUCAGAAGUUGAACAGGAUGAGAGUGGUCUCCCCUGGCUUAUUACAGUUUGUGGAGAUGGGGGAGACUGUCUUGAGCCAAGAACAUGUCUAAAGUUGGCAGCCAUGUUGGAAGAUCUUGUGCAGGUUGGACUGGUUGACUGUCACAGUAACCCGAAGCUGUGUGAGAAACUCGGACGCGACUACGGGACGUACUUCUACCCAGCGGGAAACGUCAAGCGCGGAGAAGGACUGGAAAUAAGUAGCCUUGAUGCACAAGAUAUUGCCAGAAUGGUGUUGUCCCAACUUCCUGAUGUAACUGUUCUUGACAAGACUACGUUCGAGGACAUCCAGGAGAAGUUGAAGACGGGUCAAGACCAGGCGUGGCUCAUUCACUUCGUUGAGGGUGACGGAGGUCAUGACCUUGAACUGAGGAAACUGCCCGCCAUGCUCAACGACUUCCAUAUUGGUCGAGUGGACUGCAGUAGAAUGAGGUCGAAAUGUAACGAACUUCACGUCCACAAAUUCCCAUCGUUUAUGGUCUUCAAGGAAACAGGAGGCACGGAAGUCUACUACGGUCAGUGUGUGAUUUUGAGAUCUACCAGUCGGCAUGUAGUUUAAAGUCUAGUACGGUCAGUGUGUGAUUUUGAGAUCUACCAGUCGGCAUGUAGUUUAAAGUCUACUACGGUCAGUGUGUGAUUUUGAGAUCUACCAGUCGGCAUGUAGUUUAAAGUCUACUACGGUCAGUGUGUGAUUUUGAGAUCUACCAGUCGGCAUGUAGU